AAGUGUGUGCAUUGUUAUCUAGAACCUUUUUGGCCACAUUUUAUUAUCAAAAAUUAAUUUACAGAAAGAAAUUAGUUUGAAUAUUUCUGAAAAUUACUGUAUUUUGUAUUUAUUAUCACACUUUGUUAAAAACAUCCCAUCAAGAAAAAUUACAAAUACUAGAGCAUUUAAUUUUUUUUUUCUUGCCAAUUGUUAAUAUAAAAUUAAUUUGGUUUAAAACAGCCUUAAAAUGGCUUAUGUUUUCUUUUUGUUUAUUACAAUCUCUUGUCUCCUUUUUUGUUAUUUGUGAUUACUAAUAAAGUUAAGCAAAAAAAAAAAAACUUCCGACUUUCCAGGUUCAGCGGGUUUUUCAGAUGCUUUUUGGUGCGUAUCCCUCAGACGUAUGUAUAUUCAUCGUUCCACCUCUUGCGUUUCAUUGUUGAAUUUAAAAAAACAAAAACACAAUAAUUUCUUUGAAAAGGCCUGUGAGGAAAAAAAAAAAAAAAAAAAGUAAAAUCCUACUUCCGGUGCAGACCGGAAGUGGAAGCAACGGGUCCAACGGAGCACCUCCUUGUUGCUAGCAAGAAGUAAAAAAAAAAAAAAAGGGGGGGGGAAAGUUGCAGUUAUAAAUAUUUUCGGAUUUCAUCAGUUAUCGGACAAAAUGCCCCGUGGAAGCGAGAUUCCAGAAGGUAUCAGGUCGAGAGCUGUUGAUCUACACAAAGCUGGGAAGGGCUACAAGUUCAUUUCAAAGACUUUGGAGAUUCCUCUUUCCACGGUGAGGAGCAUUAUCAUUAAGUGGAAACGGUUUAACACCGUGGCCACGCUACCGCGGAGUGGAAGACCCACGAAGGGGAAUCCUAGGAGGAAACGGAAAGAAAAGCUGGAUGAGGCUGAUUCUGCUGGACCUGCUAGUGACAAAGAUGGAGCUUCUGAUGAGCCGAAGCACAUGAGCAAGGUCCGAGGGAAAGCUGGGAAUGCAGAUUCUAACUCAUCUGAUACAAAACCUUCAAAGGACGACUGGGUGUCAUCCGGAACAACUCUUCACAGUGGAGAUAAAGAAAUGAGAGACUUCAACAGCAGUUGUGAAGAGGGUGACAACACAGGACAAUUCGACUCCGGUGAAAAAGAUCCGAUGUCCAGUUUCCUGUUUGCCAGAUCAACAGGGGAAGCAGAGGACCAUGAAAGGUUUCAGAAAGAUCUCAGCAUUGUUGAUGAAGAUGGUGACGACGCUGAACCAUCUGAUGCAGAUGAAGAAGAUCCACUGGCCAGUAUUCUUUCUGCAAGAGCGAGAGAAGAAACAGGAGAAUAUCCACACAAUGAAAAGCAUAAAAAUUCAGCUUCAUGUGAUGAUCCCCCAGAAGAAGAUCCAAUGGAGCAGAUAUUUGACCCAAACUUUGACGGGGAGAAGAAGAUAUUUUCCGGUUCUUCAGUCAGUGUGAGGGCUCUCCUCCUCCUCCUCUUGGCCUUCAUCCUGAAGCACGACUUGUCAAAAGCAGCCACCAAAGACCUCCUGGCGCUCCUCAACCUCGUGGUGCCUGGAUGCAUUCCCAGCUCUCUGCGGUUUUUAAAGAAACAUUUGACUGAUAUUGACAAGACGACGGAGAUCCACUUGUACUGUCCCAGGUGUGAAAACUACCUCGGUCUCGAGCCUGGGACUGAGUGCGGAGUGUGUCAGCAGCGGUUGAGCAAAAAAAGUCUGCUUGAAAAAGCCAACUACUUCCUCGUGAUGCCGCUAGAGAUCCAGCUGAGGAAAGUCCUCACACGCGUUCACUCAAAGCUGGGGAAGCAUUUUACGAGGGGCGAUUCGGUUUCUGAUAUUAACACCGGAGGUGAAUAUAAGCAUGAUGAGCAGGAGGGCAGCAUUACACUUACCUUCACAUGUGAUAGCUCUCCUCUUCUCAAAUCAUCCAAGUUUUCAGUCUGGCCCAUCCUGUGCACGAUCAACGAACUUCCAUACGUGGAGCGGUGUAAAAAUGUUCUGCUGCACACGUUGUGGUUCGGUAAAGGAAAGCCACUGCUACAGUGUUUCUUUACGCCGUUCAUUAACGAACUCCAUAAACUGUCUAACGAGGGCUUCACUUGGGAAGAUGAGAGCGGUUUAGAGCUGAACACCAGAGUGGCAGCGAAAAUCUGCGUCUGCGAUUCGAUGGCGAGGUCAGCGGUGCAGAACUUUCAGCCGUUCAGUUCGGAGUUUGGCUGUGGGUUCUGCUACCACAAAGGUGAGCUGGUUCAGAAGGGCCGGGGUUACACCAGAGUGUAUCCUGUUCAGAUUGAUGGGUGUGACCUGCGCCACAUGGCUGAGACAGAGCAGCUGGCCACCUUAGUGAUCGAAAAUGGGUAUCCGCAAGGUCAAAUGGGUGUCAAAGGUCACAGUCCGCUGCUUCUCUUGCCUGCGUUUGACGUUAUCAAAGGUUUUAUCCCAGAUUACAUGCACUGUGUUUGUCUCGGGGUUGUUCCUGAGUUUGUCAACCGUUGGUUGGACCCCCUUUAUGGCAGAAAGCGUUUCCACCUUCCACCUCAGAGUUUGAAGGACCUGGACAAAGCUUUGUGUGCCAUCCAACCCCCAGAUGAGAUUAGACAAAGACCUCGGCGCCUCAGUGAGAGAAUGCAUUGGGAAGCAUCUGAGUGGAGAGCGUUUGCUCUUCUCUACUCUCCUGUAAUACUGUGUAAAGUUUUACCAAAGCUGUACUACAAACACUGGAUGCUUCUUGUUUCAUCACUUCAUGUCCUCCUCUCCCAGUUUGCCACCCAGGAGGAGAUCAGCUGUGCAGAGUUAUGCCUCGUUCAGUUCGUCUCGCAGGUUCCUUCUCUUUACGGGCUCGAGCACUGCUCAUUUAACUGCCAUUUGCUGAUGCAUCUCACUGACUGUGCCCGUAACUGGGGUCUGCUGUGGGCCAACUCGGCCUUUGUCUUUCAGGACGUCCACAGCAGACUCCUGCAGAUGUACUCCAGGACUCAGUCUGCGUCAUCGCACAUUUUUAAGCAGUUUGUUUCCUAUGAUGAGAUCGUCAGUAAAGGAAGUGAUGUGCUGAAGGAUACUAGUGCAGAAAUCGCUGAGCUCUUUUCUUCUAUGACAAGCUGUGGUAUACUUACCAAGUCAUCCAACUACAUCAGAGACGAUGUGUUUACUUUGGGAUGUGGCUCUCAGAGAUCUCUAACUGUGAGAGAACUUGCUGCAUUGCAGAGCAAAGAUACAUGGCCCAUUACUGAAUACGCGCGGUUUGUCUACAAAGACAUGUUGGUCACCACUUUGGACUACAGCAUCUCAUGCAAAAGGAACAACUCAGUCCUAGAAACGACCAGCGGCUUUGUUCUUGUGGAGUCCGUGGUUGUCGUAGAGAAGCGUUGCAGCUGUGAGAAAUCACCCGGCUGCUCCUGCAGAGAACUGGUUGUUUUCUGUAGAAAACUGCUCCGAGCGAACUCCCAACCAACAAUCCAGAACAAGCAGAUCAGCAAAAACAUUGCAGAGUUCCUUGUGAGAGUGAGGAGCUCGGAUGAACUGUGCGCCCUGGCGUGUCCGGACAUUGUUGCGAAAUGUUUUUUGAUAGAGCAGAAGGGUCGGCUGUAUGUAAUGAGAAUGCCAGUGCUUGAGAUAUUAUAAGUGUUCCUUUUCCUUGUCAUGCAGUUUUUUGUGUUGCCACAUUCACACAGCAGUGUUGAGUGAAAAACUUUAUUUUCUGUGAGAUGAUUAAAUAUUUACUCAAUUUAACCAUCCUGCAUUUUUAGCAGCGGUGGCUUAUUCACAUGGUGAGUUUAAGAUGUUCUACCAGCAAAGGGUAACCAUUCAGGCUUUGGCCUUUUUCCUGCCUCUGUUCCAUUGUCCAAUCAGUAGAAGGCACUAAUUCCUGUAGUACCGCCCUGGUCUCCAUGCUGCUCCCAUUGGCCUUUUAAAUAGAACUUCACAGAAAUGGCAUAAAAAUUAUGAAUUUUAUGGAUUCUGGGAGGGCUCGUCCCUUUGUGCCUUCAACAUACAACACAGAUCUAGUAAGCACACUCAGUUGUAUCACUGGAACAACAUUUUCAUUCAGUCAUCUUAGUUGUGAAGAAAAAUGAAACAACCAGGAGCAAAGACCAAAUCUGAACAAGUUUCUAUCAAAGGCAUAAUAUUUAAGCAAGGUUUCUUGCUCAAAUAUUAUGUGUGGAAAACCUGGCUGGCAGGCUGUGACCUUGCUCUCCCUGAUGGCGAUGAAUCACCAACAUGCACCACCUGCCUGAAAAGGUCAAGGAACAUAAGUUGUCCUACAGACAGUUUCUGGAAGUCUUCAGUGUCUGAUCCAGUAAGUGAAAGUUGAGAUGAAAAGGGUAAACAGUGCACCAUCACAACAGUAACGUUAAACUGGGCACCCAGUUUGAACAAUGAGCUCAGCAAAAAAACUUUGCACAACUCAUUGCGUGAUCCAAACAACCCUGGAGGUGUUUGAUGAGCUCAUAAAAACGGCGAGAGUUUUUCAGGGCACAUCAAGCUGCUAGGAGUGGAUUCUAGCGACCUACAGGGGACUUUAAAUGGAGGAGGUUGGUUUGUAGCCACCCGAGCUAAUGAGACCGCCAAGAUCGUGUUUGUGCUGAGAAAUAUAGACUCUGAAGUCUGAGAGUUUGACCUUCAGCAUACAGCGGAGCAGCUUUCAGCAAAGUGUGAAAUCAGCUGAGGCCAUAAUUCUCAACUAGUAGAUGAUGGAAGUCUCUGCGUUAAGUAGAGAAGUUCAAGCAUGUUGAUGUUUACAAGUAAUGACAGGAUGGAACAAAAGAGGGACGGACAGACAGGAGCAUUAUCUGCUGUAAUGGAGGUACUGAUCCAGUCUGUUGUAGUAAAGAACGAGCUGGGAUGAAAAGCAGUGCUCCCAAUUUACUGAUCUAACUAUCUACCUCUCAGCCUUCUGGUAUGGUCAUGAGAUACGGAUCACGACUGAAGGAACAAGAUCAACAUACAAGUGGUUGAAGUAAAUUUUCUCCACAGAGUGGCCGGUCUCUGCCUUAUGGUUGGAGUGACCAGCUCUGCUACCUUCAGGGAACUUUGUGAAGAUCUUUGCUCCAGUUUUGAUUAGGAUACAUCUGGAUUGUGUCCCAUGUCCUACUGGGAGGACAGAACCAAAACUCGGUGGAGGGUUGGUAAAUUGGACCUCGUUGACCCAUUUCCAGAAAAUCAGAAGGCACAGGAAGGAUUUAUAAUGCAGCAUUUGAUUAAUUAUCAGAAUGCUUUUUGAACAACUGAACACCCAACGGUGACAAGAGAGACACCUCGCUCAUGUCUAUGGUGGAGAAAGAGUGAUAAGAGGAGAGCAGGCAGGUGUGCAGGUAAAGGUCAAUGAGCUUUUCAAAAGUACCACUUGUAUUUACUGCAAGACACAGCAACUAAUUUGGGUUAGGGGUUUGGCAGAAUGCCACUUCCCACAUAACAACAUUAAGAGAUUUGUUUUCUGACCUGAGGAAUGGCUAGUUUCUUUUUACCCAAUCAUCCCAGCCUACCAGCAUUUCUAAUGAAAUCCUUGCAGAAAGGGAUCUCACCCACUGGAUGACCACUGGACGCCUGGCUUUGUGAGGAUGAUGCCCUCCAGUUUUUUUCUCCAGCUGUUUCACAAAAUCACGCCUCUUAUCGGCAUGCUGCUCCGGCAUCUGCAGGAGGACACUGAUGAAGUCUUCAUUCAACAAACCCUCCAGAACUUCUCGUGUAGUCUGGAGUCAAUACGGUACUCCUCACAACAGCCACAGCUGGAACCUGAAGACCAAGGUGGGGAUUAGGAGAAAGGAAACGGGCUUUUUAAAGAGAUCAACAACACAAUUCAGGUUGAUGCCAAAGAAAGCCUCUCCUUCUCCGACCACAAGCAGCCUUGUUUGAACAGAAACGUUCAGGACAUUCAUUUAGGAGGUGCUGCUUUGUCUCAGAUUCCACAGAAACAGUCUCCAGAAGAAAAAUGUUCUGAGAUGUUGAACAUCGUCAUUAACUGCUCCCAUGACUGCAGCCAAGGCUGAGAGGCUUCAACAAUAGAAAGAAUUAAGAUGUUCCCUUGAAGUGCAACAGACCAUGCUUUCAGUCUUUAGAAACAUGUUUGACUUUAACUAGACAGGAAUUGAUCACCUUGCUGCUUUGAAGGAGAGACACUCGUUCUCCCACAAGUGUUAAAUGAAUACUGUACCACAUGUAUGUAUCCAUGUAAGUAUCUUCGUGGCGCAUGUUUAAGUUUUCCUUUUCUUUAAGAAUUUGUAAAAAAGAUUGUAAAAUAUGUCAUCCUACCAUGUUUCACAGUCUCUUUGUUUUUAUUGUAUUUUGUCAGUCAGAUGCUGUUUUUAAGGCCAUAUGUUUUUCUGUUCAUGUAAUCUGUGAUUUUUUAAUUUUUAUUUUUACAAAUAUUUGCUGACCCUUUUUAUAAUUAUAAUUGCUUACACUGUUAGCCUUUAUAAUGAAAACUGUCUGAAUUUAGUUGUGCUUAUUUCUUUCAUUUCAGUCUUGUUUUGACCUGGAAGCAUCUUAUUCUUCUGUUUUUGUUGUUUUAUAUGUUUAAAAAAAAAAAAAAACAAUCACUGACAGUAUUAAGCUAUCUGAGAUUCCCCAGGGUUGAUCGUGUUACAGUAAAAUGCCAUGUGGUGGUUAAUUGUUAAAUAUCAAACUUUGAGGUGGUUCAUACCACUUUUUUCAAAAAUAUAUUUUGCAUUUCUGGGGGCUUUGUGUUGUAUUGUGAAAAAUGUGUGGACUUUAAUGUGACCUUUUAUUUGAAUUUAAGGAUGUUUACAAGGUUUUCAAUUAAGAACUGUAAAUAUAUUGUUUAAAAUCUGAUUUUAUCCUUAUAAUUUAAAGGUAAUCUAGUAAAACAGUUGGACUGAAGUUCAUUCCACAUCACUAGACUUUAAAGUGGUUGGUUGUUUGCAAUAAACAAAUUACACAACACUUUAACUACUUAAAUAAAACUAUUAUUACACGGA